AUGAAGGGGCCCCGGGGUCUGAGGGCCCCCGUGUUCCCCGGGGGGGCCCUAAGAGCAGCAGCAGAAUUAGAAAGAGAAAGGGGGGCCCCCUCAAGCGAAAGUUCAGAAGUGGCUUCUGUGGGGGCCCCCUGGGGGCCCCCCUGGGGGCCCCCCGAGGGGCCCCCCUCGGGGGGCCCCCCAGGGAGGCCCCCCGAGGGGGGCCCCCCAGGGGGGCCCCCCAGCAGGGGGGCCCCCCGGGGGCCCCACAGGGUCAGGCCCCUGCGGCCGCUGCAGGAAGCUGCUGCGCUGCUGGCAGCAGCAGCAAAAGACAGCGAAAAGGUCCGCAGCAGCAGCAAAAGAAAUGAAGUUUUGCUGCUGCGGGCAGAAGACACGGAUUUGCUGCUGCCAGGGGCUCCCGGGGGCAGCAGCAGAACGUGCAUGCGCUGCUGGGUGGCUGUGGGGCCCCUGUACUGCAGCAGCUGCAGCAAAUACUUGUGUGGGCCCUGUGCUGCUGUGCUGCACUGUGGGGAAAGUGUGGGGCCCCACACUGGGGGGCCCCCCACUGGGGGGCCCCCCACUGGGGGGCCCCCCACUGGGGGGCCCCACAAAGUGGGUACAGCAGCAAGAGCUCUUGAGGUGGAUGUACACCUCAGCGCUCCCCUCAGGAAGCAGCAGCAGCAAGACAGCUUCGCUUUAGAUGUCAAAGUCCCCGCUGCAAGGGGAAUCCACUGCCAGCGCCAUGAAAAUGAGCCCGCCAAAUACGCUUGCGUGGACUGCGGGUGCGCCUAG